AUGCGAAAACGCGGUCAGGACAGCCUGGCAGGACUUGUGCUGUAUGUAGGACUCUUCGGGCACCCCGGGAUGCUGCACAGGGCCAAGUACAGCCGUUUUCGGAAUGAGUCCAUCACGUCCUUGGACGAAAGCAGCCCCGGAGGCUCAGUGGGGAGCAAGGGCUCGGCGCCUCCUCCCUACCCCACCCUGGCACCUCACCUGCCGGCUGAAGAUGCCACCUUGGCGUCCCAGGAGAGCCCCACCCCAUUGUGCACCUUGAUCCCUCGCAUGGCCAGCGUGAAGUUGGCCAACCCAGCCACCUUGCUGAGUCUGAAAAACUUUUGCUUGGGUACCAAAGAGGUGCCCCGGCUGAAGCUCCAGGAAAGCCAGGACCCGGCACCCAGCAGCCCAGCUUCCCCUGAAACCAGUCCAAAUAGGGCUGGCUCUGCACCUCUGCCGCAACCAGACCUGCUGGGGCACAGGGCAGCUGCCUUAACUCCUGAUGCCUGCCCCCUUCCUGGCCCUGGGGAGCCAACCCCAGGGAGCAGGCAGGACAGGCACUUCCUGCAGCACCUGUUGGGGAUGGGCAUGAACUACUAUGUGAGGUACAUGGGCUGUAUCGAAGUGCUACAGUCAAUGAGGUCACUGGAUUUUGGAAUGAGAACGCAAGUUACAAGGGAAGCAAUAAGUCGCCUGUGUGAAGCUGUCUCUGGGGCAAAUGGAGCCGUUAAAAAGCGAAAGCCUCCAGUUAAGUUCCUAUCAACAGUUCUUGGCAAAAGUAAUCUUCAGUUUUCGGGAAUGAAUAUUAAACUGACCAUCUCAACAUGCAGCCUCACGUUGAUGAAUAUUGACAACCAACAGAUUAUUGCAAAUCAUCAUAUGCAGUCUAUUUCAUUUGCCUCUGGAGGGGAUCCUGAUACUACAGACUAUGUUGCCUACGUAGCUAAAGAUCCAGUUAAUCAACGAGCCUGCCACAUAUUGGAAUGCCGCAGCGGAAUGGCCCAAGAUGUCAUCAGCACCAUAGGGCAGGCUUUUGAACUCCGGUUUAAACAGUAUUUGAAAAAUCCUUCUUUGAAUACUUCUUGUGAAAGUGAGGAGGUGCCUCUUGAUGGUCCUGCUGUGGAGAGAGAAGAUCAUGAGUAUUACAAUGAAAUCCCAGGGAAGCAGCCACCUGCAGGUGGUGUUUCAGAUGUGCGCAUCAAAGUCCAAGCCACAGAACAGAUGGCUUACUGCCCCAUACGGUGUGAAAAGUUGUGCUAUCUGCCUGGAAACUCCAAGUGCAGCAGUGUGUACGAGAACUGUUUAGAACAAAGCAGGGCAAUAGGUAACGCACAGGAGAGAGGAGGGCAGUGCCAACGAGAUGCCUCAUUGAUGAAGCACACGUGUCGAGUGGAUUUCCUCAAUGACCCCUGCUACAUAAAUACACAGGGUCUUCAAAGUACACUUGGCUCUUCCCCAAAUCAAAGCUCAGCUCACUCCCUGGGGAGCCCGUGGCACCGUCAGAAAGCACCAGAAACUGUUCAGCCAGGUGCCACGGCCCAGCCUGCCAGCUCACAUUCUUUGCCACACAUUAAGCAGCAGCUGCGGAAUGAAGACUGCUACCAUGGCAAGCUGAGCAGGAAGGCAGCAGAGAGCCUCUUGGUAAAGGAUGGGGACUUUUUGGUUCGAGAAAGUGCAACAUCUCCUGGUCAGUAUGUGCUAAGUGGACUUCAGGGAGGCCAGGCAAAGCAUCUUCUCCUGGUGGAUCCUGAAGGCAAGGUAAGGACCAAGGAUCAUGUGUUUGAUAAUGUUGGCCACCUUAUCAGAUACCACAUGGAUAAUAGUUUGCCAAUCAUCUCUUCUGGAAGUGAAGUAAGCCUUAAACAGCCAGUGAGAAAAGAUAAUAAUCCAGGACUUCUGCAUUCCAACAAAUGA